UGCAGGAAAGAAGGGCGGCGCGCUUUUAAAAGCGCUGCCGCACACGCUGUGACGCCCCAUUUGAACGAGCUCCGCGCAGCGCGACGGAGAGGCAUCCCACACAACAGCACGAAGGGUAUCACGUAGCGAGCCGGGGCCGAUGCCCGCGCGCCGCGGCACCUUGUCGCCGUCGAUACACGAUGCGGUGUCCUAAUCACGGCCCUCGAAACCGGGGCGUCCCUCCGGUCGUCGUCGUGCUUCUACUCUUGUCCGCCGGCUACGGUGGUGUGGCGCCGUGUGACGCGUCUCCACCGCCACCGACGACGGCCCAGCCGAUCGCCACUUCUGGUGGAAGUAGCGAGGAUGUGGACAACAGUGGUGUGACGGAAGCCGAGCCGCCGCAUGACAGCGUCAGUAACGGUGCCGUCUACGAUGUCCAGGCCGACUGGGAAGUGCUCGAGCGCAAGCUCUCGAGCCUCACCAACGGGGCGCUGGACCAGCUGUUGCCCGAGCUGACGACGCUCGUCGCCGGACUCGACCUCAACACGGACUGCUUCCUCUCCCUGCUGCGUGUCAUCGGAGGAUUGCGAAAGCUCAACCUGGAAAGUAUAAGAAUGCUGGAUUCGUCGAGCAAGCUCCCCGCUGGCAUUCUGGAGGGCACGGUGACGGACCUGGGGGAUUACGACACCUGUCUCGACCUGAGAUUCCCCAAUCGCUUCGAUAAGCGGUUGGAGGACUUCCGGGGACAGUACUGUGGGGUCGCCGUCCGGUUCCCGCUUCCACAAAAGCCAGAAGUGAUUCGACACGGCGCUGUCAUCGUGAACCCCGCCGGAUUUCCCGACACCAGCGUUCUCAGGUACCUGGCCCGCAAGUCCUACACCCUCUACCACACGUUCAUCCGCUUAGGCCUCUGCCUUCCUAGUCACUGCACAGCAGAAGAUGUGCAAAAACUCAUCAGUCCAAUUAAGACAUAUCUUCACCUCAACGCCACGGUGCUCAACUGCCAAGUUCGGGAAGACGACCACAAGAUGAACAAAGACCAGGUAGCCGCAAUAGCAAUCAUUGGCUUUUUCCUCGUGAUUAUCCUGCUGGCCACCAUGGCCGACAUAGGUUAUCGGCUUUUCGAGAACUGGAGGUGCCACGCCUACAUGAAAAAGCCGAUGGUGCAGUCGCUGGUGGACAUGUCCAUCCUGAGAGCCACCCAGAAGCUGCUCACAGUGAAGACACCUGAUGACCGUCACAACCGGAACCUGCAGGCUGUUCACGGCAUCCGCACGUUCAACGUCUUCUGGAUCGUUGUCGGACACACCUAUGCCUUCGCCGAGCAGACAACCUACCGCUCUGGAAACAACAUUCUGAGCAUGGCUUCAAACGUGCUGUUCCAGCCCGUCAUCAAUUCUUUCCUCUGCGUCGACUCAUUCUUUUUUCUCAGUGGAUUCCUGCUUACUUUCAACCAGUGCAAGGUGCCUGUCAAGACGAAGCCCGUGGUCGACUUCCUUGGCAAACUUAUGGCUCGUUACUGGAGGUUGGUUCCAGUGGCUGCGGUGUGCAUGACAGUGUUGUUUCUGCUUCCUGAACUGGCUUCGGGUCCAAUCUGGAACGAGAAGGUGGCACGGGCCAUCGGAAACUGCCACCGCUCCUGGUGGUCCGUGCUGCUCAACAUACACAAUUUCUACUCCUACGCAGAAUCGUGCCAACCCCACUACUGGUACAUCAGCGCUGACCUCCAGAUAUUCCCUGUUGUGCUUGCGACAUCUAUACUGAUGGGCAGGAACCUCCGGCUGGGUGUCAUCAUCUCCGCCAGCAUCCUAGUUGUAAGCGUUGGGGUGGUUGGUGCUCUCACGUAUGUCAACGGCUACCCGCCUGCCAUCCUUCUUCUCGGCAAGGACGUCCUCUAUUCGAAGGAGCUGCUGUCCGAGAUCUACUUCCGACCCUACGUCCACAUCGGUCCGUACAUAAUGGGCUCCCUGGUGGCCUGCCUGUACCUCCAUCGCCGGCAUGUUCGCAUCCCACCCUUCCUGGAGGUGCUCGGCUGGCUAGCAUGCGUUGCGGCUGGCGCCUACGUCAACUUGGUGACGGUGGCCUGGGAGGACGGCCGCUAUCCGAGUCCACUCUGGUCGAGCGCUUAUGCCGCUCUCCACCGCGUGGUGUGGGCAGGCUGCCUCGGCUGGGUUGUCUACGCGUGCGCCAUUGGUAGGGGAGGAAUCAUCAACACCAUCUUAUCGUGGAAACCUCUAGUUCCAGUUAGCCGCAUCUCAUUCACUAUUUAUGUUGUACACAUAUACGUUAUUUACCUCAAGUUGUGGACCAUCCGGGAACGAUUAAGCCCCGACCAUUUCCAUGUGUUCAUGUCGGCCAUCUCCAACUUCGUGGUGGCCGUAAUACUGGGCUUCGUCGCAUCCGUGGUCGUCGAAAAGCCCAUCGUCUGGUUCUGGGACAAUGUCACCGGAUCACACAAGCCGCCCCGCGUCACUCAGCACGUCGUCACCAAGCAGCCGCAGCAGGAAACUACCAGCCCGGCCACAAAUGGCGUCAAGAAGGAGCCCGUAUAGUUCAGUGAACGAUGCAAUAGUGCUCGAACAGUGUGUGGUGCCACUAUGGAUGUUUCCUUUAUUUUUCUCAAUGGACGUCACAACGCCCGUAUGUGCAAGGACGCCGAGUAACUGACAUGCCAACUGCGUUGCGUGCAGUAUAAAAGCGAAAAACACGAAAGUAACAGCGACAAGUGCUCCACGCGUUGCUUCAAUAUUUUCUAUAUUUUACCAGUAGUGAGGCCGUUUACUACAUGAAAGCUUUAAACACGUGCAAGUAGAGGAAACACGGGUUGCACUUUGUCAAGACGCUCACCGCGUACCAUACGCUUUUUACAAUAUCUACGAGCAAAAUUAAGCUCACCCUCUGAUGAGAAUCUCCCAGGCAACUCAAGCUUGCAGUAUAACGUUCGUUUGAUGCCGUUUCUCAACACACUUUCAGUAGCCCGUGUAUUCGGAUCAAUUGUGGAGCAGUUGGCGUCCUUCGUUAUUGCAUUAUUGCCACGGCCUACUACGCGACGAAACACAUUUGACGCCUCUGUUCACCAUCCCACUAGUGACGCCGACAGUUUUGGACGUGUAGUAGCUUUCCUUUCUUUUUUAAAGCUUCGAGACAACAUUUUUUUUUUUAAGGAACGCAACAGUGAAAUAUUAAAUCACUUGAGAUUGAUAGAUAAUUCCUUGUUAUUCUUAGAAGGUAAAGGUAAAGUCAGAGUUAAUUUUUUUAAGUCUCGCGCUGAAUCCCCAUCAGCGGUACACGAGUGUAAAAUCACGUAUUUCAAAUUUAUUUCUUAGUUUUUUGCCACGCUGCAUCAGAAAAACUUGCCAUCUUUAGGCUCUGGCUGCCUUGGCACAACCCAUUUCUAGCGACAACGAAUAGUAUGGGCGUAUGUUGUGGAAACGUAUGGCGGCAUGGCCCGAGGCGGCGUAACCUUUUACAGCCAAGCUGCUUGGAAAAACUGUGGCGAUCCGUGAGUGCGCAGGAUGAGGAAUCAACGCUAGCAUGUGCUACCUCGAACGGUAUCCGCCCUGGCACUCGUUUAUCUUCAGGUUUUGUCAGCAUAUAUGAGGCGUUGUUUUUUGUUUUUUCUAAAAGAGCCAAGUCUACUUUAACUGAAGCUGAGAAAAGCUCAGUUUUUUGCUACUGACAAUAUGGUCGGGCCUGCUCCAACAAUUUUUUGCCAGUGUGCUCAUGUCACCAGAAUACCACAAAUAUAUAUUGCGGCUAAAAUAUUUAUAGCCCACUAUCGUCGGUAUUCAGGAAUAACAUUUGGAUGUGGCUCUUAUAGGUUGGAAAAAUUGAUUUGGGCUUUAAUUAGCUCGUAAAAGACGUCUAAAUCGCAGGGAAUGAACGACGUAGCAAUAUGUUGCGACAAAAUGAACUCCAUCCUUGAGCCGUCCUUUGUUGCACGGCUUUAAUGGCGAUGACUAGCCUUGUAGAGCGAGUAGACCUUCCAGGCAAAAUGCGCACCAUUCUGGAAUGCCGGCAGCGUUUUCUUGUUCUUGGCCCCUACUUAACGCCUUCAAAAAAUGCUUCAGCUCUUAGCUCAUUUUACGCCGCGCCGUUCGGGAUCACUUCUCCUUCAAGGAAUAGAUCAAUUCCCAAUAACGUCAUUUCAGUUGUCUUCUUUUUCAAGUAUACCUUCUUGUAGCGAAGGAAGGACAUGAUACGGCAGCGCAAAACUCGACAAAAAACAAUAAAAGGCAGAAAGAAGUAGGAAAGUCGGCCUCUUAAUCUUUAUAUUCGAGCUUUGUCUUACAGCAUGAUGUCCUUCAGUAAGUGGAAACUCACUCAAGAAAAAUUAAUUGUGGAACGAAAGCACGAUAGGAAAGCACAAAUGAAGCAGGUUGGAUGCGGUCACGUUGCUUGUUUUGGUCACGAUUGUUCACGCAGCGCUGGUUUAAUGGAUCUGGCUCAGUUUGAUUGAAACAGAUGCAGGAUUUGGGUCAUUUUUUAUUCGAAACAGCCUUUUUGAGUAGACGUUACAACGGAGGAAUGACCCCAUUUCAAUUACAAUUGUUUGAAAAAUGAAAGAUACUUAGGCGCACUUUACGCUCCCGUGAAAUUUAGCCCAGUUUCAGUUUCUGGAUUUCGCCCUUAAAAACAAACGCCAAGUGUACGGAUGAUACCCGCCGCAGCAUGAAUCGCUACCCUUUGGCUCUUGAUAUCCUUUAAGCUGACGUCACCAAACGCAAAGUUUGAAACACGCAUCUUUUAAAUGUGGUGAUAGAGAAAUCAAAAACCGCAAGAGAAGACAUAGCUCGUGAUAAACAGCGGGGCCGCAUGUUUCAGCUUCGCUGGUUAGUGCACUGAAACAGUAGGAAACAACGCUCGUGGUAUUUCUGCGCUGUUUGCAUGUGAACCAACUUUUGCUGGUUAGUGCAGAGUGCGUAAGCGGUCUUUAUUUUUGCGCCUUUUCUGACUUACCAAGUGGCUUCAUUACGGUACGAGUAAUGUUUUUGGGGAACGGAGAUUUACUAAUCGUUCUUUCCCUUUAGCGUCCCUUUAAGUGGAAAUGGCAGAUUACUGCGCACAUGCGACGUGCUUCGCACAAUGCAGAGGUUCUAUCUAUUAGCCAACAGGAAUCUAACCCAGUACGACGAAACAUCUAUCUUUAUUUCCAUUGUGCCUACAAUAUCAUAUAUGAACCCUUCUAUUGAUGCAUGAGCAGCUUCAGCUUAGUAUAAAUUUCAUUGAUUAUCACGCGCAAGUGGAUUAAUGGCGUACACUGUAUUGUGCCUCUUUGGCGCAGCGCGGCAACUCUUCUCGGGCUCCUUCCUGUCAACAUUCCGCGAGGCGCUUUAUCUAACUUAGCGGACAAUGCCAUAGGAUGCGAUAGCCAUUGCCAGAGCCACCAGUUCCCGCUUGUCGACGACACUAUCAUGAAUGUUGGUCUUCUGACGUGUU